CGGAGCGCAGACAAAAGAAGUUAAAGAGCCGCUUAAUAUAUACAUGUUUUUGAAGGCGGGUAAAGGGAAAAAAAUAACAACAGCGAGCGUAGAUGGGCUUGGCUGUGUCGUUAUGGAGCCCCCUUUGAGCAAGAGGAACCCGACACUGAGAUUAGCGGAUUUGGCAGCGGCUCAGCCCCAUCCUCACCAGAACAUGACAGGCUUCCCGGGGCUGGGGAACCACCACGUCCACCCCCACCACGCGGCCCACCUCCACCCCGGGGACGCGGGCGGCGACCCCGGCGGCGCCCUCACGCCACUCGGACCCGAGCACAUGGCGCAGCCCGCCGCCCUCAAGCUCACGCCCGAGGCGCUCACCGCCGCCGCCUUCGCCGCCCCGCCGCCACCACCACCGCCGCAGCCGCCGCCGCCGCCACCGCCGCCGCCGCCACCACCGCCGCCGCCUACGCCGCCCGCCGCCGCCCUCCCGGGAUACCCGUCGGGGGAGGCGGCGGGCCGGGACUUUCUCCUGCGGCGGGAGCUGCCCGCCGCCGCCGCCGCCGCCGUGCACGGGGCGCUGGGCGAGCAGCACCCGCCCGCCAGCUCCCCCCACCUUCCGCACCCGCCGCCGCACGGCGUCUUCAUCUCGGCCGCCGGCACCUACGGCGCGACCGACGGGGCGCACGCCGCCUUCCCGCCGCCGCCGCCCGGCGAGCAGGGCGCGCCCGCCGGCCGCCACCCGCCGCUCAACGGGCAGAUGCGCCUGGGGCUGGCGGCCGCCGCCGCUGGGGAGCUCUACGGGCGCGCCGAGGCGCACUACGGGGCCGCCGCCUCCUCCUCCUCGGCGUUGCAAGGCUACGGCUCCGUCAACCUCAAUCUGGCGGCGGCCGGCCCCGCACCCGCACCACCCCCAUCCCCACCACCACCACCAUCACCCCACCACCACCAUGCCCACGUCGGGGCCGCGGCGGCGGCGGCAGCGGCUGGGGCCUUCCUGCGAUACAUGCGACAGCCCAUCAAGCAAGAGCUGAUCUGCAAGUGGAUCGACCGGGAGCCGCCUCCUCCACCUCCGCCGCCGCCACCGGGCGGUAGGAAGCCUUGCUCCAAAACUUUCAGCACGAUGCAGGAGCUGGUGAGCCAUGUCACCGUGGAGCACGUCGGUGGGCCCGAGCAGAGCAGCCACGUGUGCUACUGGGAGGAGUGUCCCCGUGAAGGCAAGCCCUUCAAAGCGAAAUACAAACUCAUCAACCACAUCCGAGUACACACGGGAGAGAAACCCUUCCCUUGCCCCUUCCCUGGCUGCGGGAAGGUCUUCGCUCGCUCCGAAAACCUCAAGAUCCACAAGCGGACUCAUACAGGGGAGAAGCCCUUCAAGUGCGAGUUCGACGGCUGCGAGAGGAAGUUCGCCAACAGCAGCGACCGCAAGAAGCAUUCCCACGUCCACACCUCGGACAAGCCCUACUACUGCAAGAUCCGCGGCUGCGACAAGUCCUACACCCACCCCAGCUCCCUGCGGAAGCACAUGAAGAUCCACUGCAAGUCCCCGCCGCCCUCCCCGCCGCCGGGCUCCCAGGGCUACGCGGCGGCGGGGCCCCCCGACGGCCCGCUGCCCCCCGAGGCCGAGCCGGCCGCCGAGCCGCCCCGCGGCCGCGCCGCCGCGCUCUCCCCGCCGGUCACCAACCUCAGCGAGUGGUACGUCUGCCAGGCCGGGGGCGCUCCCCGCCGGCCCCGCACCCCCUCCAGCCGCGACACCUCCCCGGCAUCCGAGGAGGAUGAGCCCCACAGGACCUCGGGAGGCAGAACUGCUCCCUAGGGCCGUGCCGAGCCGUGCCGAGCUGCCGGUGGCCCCGGCCCCACCGCACUGGCCCGGGCCGCGGAGGCAGCCACCUGGCACGGGGGGCUGCCGUGGAAGUGCCAUCAGG